GCCAAACAUUUCAACUUCGUACUCGCACGCUUCCCUGUGGCCAGCACUUCUUCACACUGAUUUCAUCUGUAAAUAUCCAAAUUACACUACCCAACUACCUUCAGCCGCCAUACAACCAGGCCACAAUGCUUCUUCAGUUCAGAUACAUUAAUCAUCCUCUCGCCACACAGUCUCCUCAAUUCAACCCACUCACAUCGUCAUUCACCCUUACCACAACCAACCCAACCGAUCUCUACCGCACGCCUCCCUCACGCGACAUUUUCAACGGUCCCAUCCUCGCAACCACAGUCCCGCUCUCCAAAUUCAAACGUGCCCGCGUUACCGUCUCCGCAACCUGGCGCACUCUGUACGACCAAGGAGGAUUGAUCUUCCUUCUCCCGACCACCGCGAACCGACAUGCCCCAUUCACACCCGCAUCAGCAUCUGCACCCUACCCCUCAUGGAUAAAGUCCGGUAUAGAAUUCUACGAGUCUUCCACCUUCCACUCCGUCGUUGCCGCAAACCCCUUUUCAGACUGGAGUCUAGCGCCCUGUGGUGAGCGCGAGAUUACGGUUGAGAUGGAGCGCAAGGGGAGCAAUUUGUGGGUUUAUAGAGUGGGUCCAGGAGGAGAGAGGGUUGCGGUCAGGGAAUUGACGUGGGUUUUUGAGGAUGAGGAGGGCAAGGAUGUUUGUGUGGGUUGUUAUACCUGUAAGCCGAAGCCUGGGGCGGAGGAAGGGAAGCUGGAGAGUUUGGAGGUGAAGUUUAGCGGCUUUGAGAUCGAGGUGAGCGAGUGAAGGAGAGUUUUAAGACAUAUAAGCUUGGAGAGACAGAAUGCUUGCAACGGAACUAGCAUAAAGGAAGGUCGUCGCCGCGUGUAGCGAGAUAUAAGAGUACCUCUGGUCCGGACGACAAGUAGUUUGUUUACAUACAGGGUAAAGGAUAGCGAGGUUCUGACUCCUGAGUACUAGGCAUACGUCAUAUAAUAUUAUUUUCAUACGACAUGGUGUCAAGAAGGUGAAGCAGACCCACCUGAUUAGCAUGUUGUGCUGCUUUGUGGGCCAAAUACGGACAGAAAAGAGAUAUCGAGGUAUCAUGGCGAUAACAUCUUUAAAGGUACCCUGCAAGAACUACUUGAUGAAUGUCAAAUUCUACCCACUCUCAUCUCGACUACAUUCUGAACCUCCACUUCCAUCCCC